AUGGAACCGGUAGGACUGGCCGUCGGGGCCGCGGGCCUGGCUGGCCUAUUCAGCUCCUGCUUGGAUGCCGUCGAAAGGUUCGACUCGUAUAAGAACUUCGGCCGUGAUUGGCGCUCCUUGGCGACUCAGUUCGACGCCGACAAGCACCGCUUUGAAGAGUGGGGUCGGGCCGUCGGCUUCGAGAACGGGAGGUUGUCAGAUUCCCACCACCCCGCCCUCGACGAUGCCCAGAAACUUGCGGUGGUUCGCAAGCUUCUGGACAGUAUCCAAGAUUUCUGUAGCGACGCAGAAGAUUUCCUGUACCAACAGUAUACACAAUCAGACGAUGGGCUCGCGAAAAGCGGUUUGGUCUCUUCACGGCAGAUCCAGCCUCGCCAUGGAGCGCCGAUGGCCUCUAGGUGGCGGAAGGCGGCUUGGGCUUUAACCGGGAAAACCAGACAGACGGGCCAUGUCCAGACAUUUGCAACCUUGGUGCAGUAUCUUUAUGAUGUGGUACCUCCUAACAACGCAUCGGAUGCGCUAUCGAAGCGACCUACGCAGUUACAAGACAGCCUGACUGCCUUUCUCGACGAUAUUCGAGCGUUCAUGAACAAAGUAGAAGAGGAGAUGCGAGCUGAGAUAAAACGGGACCUGCGCGUAUGGCUUGGGUGCCCGUCCACAAAUGAUCUAUACGAUGACUCUAUCCACAAGCGACUAGAUGAGACGUGCAAAUGGAUACUAGAACGGGACGAGAUUCGAGAUCGGCUUUCGUCCAGUGCCUCGACCACCAAAGUUCUGUGGAUCAACGGUCCGGAAGUUGAGAUUGUUUCCACAAAUCACCAAACCCCCGUCGCACACUUCUUUCUGUCGUCCAAGUUUGAAGGCCGCGACGAUCCAUUUAUUGCUCCCAGGUCGUGGGUUGCUGAUGUGGCCUUUGGCAACCAGGCUGCUUUGGACAUCGUUUAUAAAAGGCGUUUAGCCCAGCACGAACAGGUCGCCACGCGAGCGACCCUGGUACAACUCUUCCGUGAGGUUGUGCAAACCGUUCCUUUUUGCACUUUUGUCUUGGAUGGUCUGGACGAAUGCACCUGGUUAGGAGAGAGCCGGGACGGUGCGAAUUCCGUUGCUCACUUUCUCAGUGAGCUCCGGCAGGCGAUUGCUGAUACCACAGCUCGGAUCAUGGUGACUAGCCGUAACGAACCAGAGAUUUGGCAUAGGCUUUCGCAGUUCCCGGGCUUCAACGAGUAUUUAAUAUCACCUAAAGACGUCCAUGCCAACAACGUAGCCUAUUCGAGGAGUAUCGUCAACAACAAGCUCUCCAAGCAGGACAAGUCAACAAAGUCCAACAUCUCCCAGAGAAUGGCCCUUCGAUGUAACGGACAGUUUCAGUGGCUGAAGAUGCAAGAAGAAUUCUUGAGAAAGGGAAGGAGCAGGAAACAGCUCGAAAGAGACCUUGACUCAGCGCCCGCCGGUCUAGAUCGCCUCUACGACCGGAACUGGGACAGAAUCCAGAGUUUGCGACACGAGGACAGAAAGAGGGCGUUCUCUUUGCUUCGAUGGGCCGCAUUCUCCGUACGGCCUCUGACUGUGUUCGAGAUGACCGGAGCUGUUCUCGUUGACGACGACUGCGACGAUCUGGCACUUGACGAGUUUCCGGACUCUGUUGACGACGAUUACGUUGACAGUGAGAUCUUGGGUUUGUGUGGAUCUUUGAUCGAAGUGCGGGGCAGUAAAUCUCCCGUCGGAUGGAGAGAAGUACACUUGGCCCAUUUUUCGGUCAAGGAAUAUCUGCUUUUCAAGAUUCCGUCUCGCGGGACGAUCUUGCUUGCCAACGAGAGAUUACGCGCGCUCAACGAAUCUAUCGAGAGCACUGCCCUCGCAAAGCUACGUCUCCAAUACAUCAGGUUCCCUCGUGUCUGGGACAAUUCUCUCGCCGAGGAGAAGGAUCAAAUCAUAGUGUUGUUCCGAAAUUACGCUGCAAACUCUUGGUUCCAGCAUACCAACCUAAACGAUACCAAGGACAACGCGCUGAUGGAUGCUAUAUACGCCUUUUUCGACGGAAGAGAUCAGACUUGGGAACUAUGGAGACAGUGCUUUGAUUCCAAUCUCGAUGGCUUGGGGCCAGAAGAGACAGAAACCAUAAUGCCGGCAAGCCCGUUAUACUACGCUUCCCGACUUGGACUAACAGGAGUAGUCAAGCACCUCCUACAACACUGCAACCACGACCCGAAUGAGAAGUCAAACUCAGGAAGAUCUGUCCUUGUAUAUGAAUGCAAGAUAGGAAAUAUAGAGGUCGCACAAAUGCUGCUUGAUAUGGGAGCAAAUAUUGAUGUCACUGGCAUCGGAGGACAAACGGCGCUCAUUGCCGCAUCCAUGAACGGUCAUCUCGAUGUAGUAAAGCUCCUCCUCAACAAUGGAGCAGAUAUAUCGGAUAUUGACGACAAUGGGUAUACAUCAUUGGGGGUAGCAUCAGCUGAAGGUUAUUUCGAAGUUGCCGAGCUACUUCUCAACAAGGGUGCAAGCGUUUCAAGCGAAGGCAUUAAUGGAUGGACGCCACUCUACUCAGCAGUUUUCAAUGGUCAUAUUCCAGUCGUUAAGCUGCUUCUGGAUCACGGAGCAAACGUUACAGUUACAGACAAUGAUGGCUGGACACCAAUAGGCUUAGUAUCCUACCACGGACAUCCAGAAGUUGCUGAGCUACUUCUUGCUCACGGAGCAGACGUAACAGCUAGAAACAAGUACAGUUGGACGCCUCUAGAUGUAGCAUCAGAGGGGGGCCAUACCGAAGUCGUCAAGCUACUUCUGGCUCACGGGGCAGACGUAACAGCUAGAAAUAAUUACGGUUGGACGCCUCUGACUGUAGCAUCAGUGAGAGGCCAUACUGAAGUCGUCAAGCUACUUCUGGCUCACGGAGCAGAUGUUACAGCUGUAGACUAUAUUGGCCGGACGCCACUGCACUCUGCAUUAAGAAAGGGACAUCUUGAAGUCACCAAGCUACUUCUGGCUCACGGAAUAGACUUGGAAGCUGCAGAUUCACAGGGUUGGACACCGCUACACACCACUUCGACGAAUGGCAACGUUGAGCUGGCUAAUUUUUUCCUCGAAAGAUGUCCAGGCCAUAUCAAAAUCAAAGAUCAAAUUGGCCGCACGUGUCUUUUUCUUGCGGCCAUGCGAGGACGCAGCGAAAUUGUGCGAUUGCUGCUCUCCCAAAAGGCAUCGACAGACAUCAAGGACUUGUACAACGCAACCCCGCUCAUUGCGGCAUCGAGACACGGCCACGAAAGUGUAGUAGAGCUGCUUCUCCAGGCUGAAAAUGUCGACCUUGGACACAAAGAUGAUUUUGGUUUGACUGCAUUGUCUUGGGCUAGGAAGAGCGGAAACGCCCGCACACUCCAGCUCCUGCUCGAGGGCUCUGACGGGGAAGAGGUUCAAAUCAACAGUGAGGAUACAGUAACGAGGAAAGGGGUCGUUUCAUUCCAUGAAAAUAAUGCGUGGUGUGAUAUUUGUACGUUUUACGUCCCGGGUGGCAAAGUAUACUAUUUCUGCGAAGUGUGUCCUGGAGGGGACUUCUGUAUCUGCUUGGAGUGUUAUGCUGCUGGUCUCAAGUGUCUGGAUAGUUCUCACAACUGGUCUCUAGAGGACAUGGAUUGA